AUGAGUGAAGUUCCGUCAACGAUGUUUGCUCUACAAUUAAAUGAAAUUGGGCCCGUGUCCAAUUUAAAAUAUGUUGAAAUGAAAGUUCCGACAAUUAAUUCACCAUAUCAAGUGAUUGUAAAAGUUAUUGCGACUGGAGUUAAUCCUGUCGAUUAUAAAGUUAGAAAAGGAUUAUAUCCAUUAUCGAACAUCUUUGGAGUUCCCAAGAUUCUAGGAAACGAUUUUUCUGGAAUAGUUGUCGCUAAGGGAAGCAAGGUAUCGGAAUUUAACAUCGGAGACGAAGUCUUUGGUAAAGUUCAAAAUCCAUUUAUCGGAGUAGGUACCUAUGCGCAAUAUACGAGAGUAGACACCAAGGGAGAUGGUAUUGUAAAGAAACCUGCCACGAUUACUCAUCAAGAGGCUGCAGGAUUUGGAAUUGCAGGAAUAACGGCGUGGACCGGGUUGAUUAAUGUUGGAGGUUUAAAGGUCGAUGAAGAAGCCAAGGAAGUUCAAAAAAAGAUCUUGGUAAUUGGAGCGUCAGGAGGUGUUGGAACCUUUACAGUACAAAUCGCGAAGAAUAUUAAUCAUGCGCAAGUGACAGCGAUUUGUUCGGGUAAAAAUGCAGAAUUAAUUAAAAAAUUGGGAGCAGAUCGUAUAAUUGAUUACACCAAAGAAGAUUUCGUUGAAGUAUUAAAAGAAGAAAAAGAAAGCUUCGAUUUGGUAAUCGAUUGUGUUGGAGGGGAUGAAUUUUAUACUAAAUCCAUACCGAUUUUAAAGAAAAAAGGGCUCUUUAUCACAUACGUUGGACCCGAUACUUUUGGUGAACGUGCUUCAACUAGUGAUGUUUUAUGGUUGCUUGCCAUGAUGGUCAAUAGAAACCUUUUCGGUGAAAGAAGUUAUAGAUUUGUACUUGCUACAUCUCUGAAGGAUUUACCAAAAAUGGCUACGUAUUUAGAGAAGAGACAGAUCGUCACCGUUAUCGAUCGUGAAUUUGAUUUGAAAGAUGGUCAUCAGGCUCAUGAAAUGAUUGAGAGUCACAGGACAGUUGGAAAGAUUAUCUUGAAUUCGGAUUGUUAUCAACCGACGGAUUUGUUAAAAAGCGGAAGUCAAUUAAAACGAGUUGAAUGUAAAGAAUGGAUAGUCGAAGAUCCAAAAGGUGGGAAAUCACCCACGUUCAAUCAAGAAGGGUCACCUCCCGAAUCGAUGUUUCAAGUGACAUUUACGUGUGGAUUAAUUAAUCAAGAUGAGUUAUGUCAAAAAGUACAAAGCUCAUUUGAAAACGCUGCUAAAAUAAUUUCCAGCACAAUAAAAUUAAAUACACAAAUAAAGGUAAAUGCUAAAUUCUACAACUUUUGUAAAGAACCACCAAAUUGUUUGGAAGAAGAUAGAGUUAUUGGAGCAGCGGGAGCAACAAAUUAUUAUUCAUUAAAAGAUGAAGUUGACGGGUUUGAAAGAUUGUACCCACAAGCAUUGGUUAAACAAUUUAAUUUUCAAGGGCAUCCAAUAUAUGAAGAAUUUGAUAUACAAGCAAUGUUCAAUUCGAAAUUUAGUUAUCAUUUUGAUGGUGAUGUUAAGCCAAUGAAUGCAACAGAUUAUGAUAUUACCUACAUCAUAACGCAUGAAUUAAUUCAUGGAUUAGGAUUUACGAGUUCUUGGAAACCCUUGAGUGUUGCUCAAUCCGCCCCACCAUUGGGUCUAUUACCUGCAAUUGCGACAAAGGAUGGUAUAAUCGUGAAAGAAUUCAUAUUUGAUAAAUUCAUGAUUCGAUUAGAUGAUGGGAAUUUUACUUCCGAUUAUACCAAAGAAAUUCAAAAAUAUUUUAUAGAAAAUAAAGAUGUAAAUGAUGAGGUUUCUUUGGAAGAAUUGAUAAAGGCCCCUCAAUUUAAAAUAAUGCAGGAGAUGUUAAGAUUAUCUACAACUCCAAAAACUUUAGGAUUCCUACCUCAUGACUCCACUGAUUACAUCCGAGAUUCUGCAAUAUUAGAAACUUCUUUUCCAAUUUUUAAAGUAGGGUCCACCUUGUCACAUCUAGACUUUUCGACUUAUUUGAAUACGAGUGAUUUUUUGAUGAUGCCCAAGGCCAUUCCUGGUAAAACUCACGACGAAUUGAUCCAACUUAAUGGAAAUUAUGGUUUGAUUGGUCCGAAAAUCACAUCAAUUUUGGAAUCUAUCGGGUAUGCAACCACCGAAUAUCCGAAUCCAAGUAUACCUCAACCAUUCCAAAAACCAGCAACACCUGAUACCAAUGAUGACGUUACACCUAAAACUCCUGCAACGAUAAAAUUAGAUGCGGAGAAAGAACUUAGACGAUGGAAAAGUACUUUCUUGAAUCAAGACGAAUUCUAA